AUGGUUAUUUCUAAUGAGGAGAACAAAAAAAAAUGGAAAUAUAUAAAAGAUGAAAAAGAUAUUUCUUAUUAUGUAAACAUAAAAAAUUCAAAUGAAGAUGUAAAUUAUGAUUUAUGUUCUUCUCUUAAAGAGAAAAGUACAAGCUAUAAAGGGCAACAUCUAAAAAGAGAACAGCUCUGUAAUAAUAAUAAUAAUAUAUAUAAUAAUAAUAAUAUUCAUAGUUGUAAUAAUUUUUGUGUGUCAUCCAACUCUUGUAAUAGCAAAAGAAGUGAAGACAUUUACAAUGAGGAGAAUAAAAAAAAAAAAAAUGAAAAAGAUUUAUUUUAUGAUAAA